AGAGCUGUAUCCAGUUUGUGCUGACAGACCAAUAUUAGGUUUGUGAGUUUCAAAAUGUAGUUUACGCGAUACACAGGAAGAUGUAUUCGCCGUAGAAAGUUGUUUACAAUGUCAGCUAUUCGAGUUUUGGUGCGGUCGCUUUUCAGGCAAAUUCAAGGAAAAGUUGCAGCAAGAACAGGCCAUAUCAGUGCUGGUGAAUUCGCAGCAGCUCGCAGUGUCUCAAACAGACAGUUAGCACUUACAUUUCCCCAUGCUCCAAAGAAUAAUGUUGGUGUGUUGGCAAGAGGUCUGUGGAAAGGUUUUACAGCCAGAGUUGGAACAGUCUCCCAAGCUGCCUCUUUAAGGCGAAUGGCAACAGCCCGCUUGCUCAGAGGUUGUGGACCUAAAUCUCCUGUGUUUGCCUUCCUUGGGUUUACAGUUGCUGUUUCAAGUGAAGAUGGACAAGGAAAAGAACCAUUUAAAAAACUGCAUGAGAGAGCCCAAAGGGUUCUUUUGACAAGAAGUAUGUUUACAGAGCUCCAGAAAGGUUUUGAGGAACCUUCCCUCGCACAACUUAAACUAAAGGACUUCAAAGUUGGUGAACGACUUGGCCAAAGUUCUUCAAACUCUGCAGUGUAUUCAGCUGAACACAUGGGCCACGAGUAUGCCAUCAAGAUGUUAUUUAACUUUGGAACAGAUUCUCAUAGUAGCUCUUUAGAAAGAGAGUUUUCAAAAGAGUAUCAGGUUCUUAGUGGGAAGAAUGAGUGGAAUGCCUCUGAAGCAGGUUCAUCCUACACCAGGCUUUCAGACCAUCCAAACAUCUCACCAAUCCUGCAUCACUUUACUGAUGAUACCCCUGUCCUACCAGAUGCUUCUACAAGCUACCCAGCGGCGCUACCUUGUAGUAGAGGUGGACUGGCAAGGAAUCGAACAAUGUUUCUAGUCAUGCCAAGAUAUGACAGAACUGUCAGAGAAUAUUUGGCAUCAAAUACAAAGCCAGAUCCGCGGGUGUCUUCACUGCUUCUCCUGCAGCUCCUUGAAGGCAUCAGGCAUCUCACAAGACAUGGAGUGGCACACAGAGACCUUAAAACUGACAACUUGCUUCUGGGUGAAGAUGCCAAUAGUUCAUGCCCCCAGUUGGUGAUAGCAGACUUUGGUUGCUGUCUAGCAGACAGAUCAAGGGAGCUUGUACUCCCUUUCCACACAGCAGAGAUCGAUCGUGGAGGUAACUUCACUCUGAUGGCCCCUGAGAUCGCACAAGCUGUUCCUGGGAAGGAUUCUGUCCUUGAUUUUACCAAAUCGGAUGCUUGGGCAGCAGGAGCCAUUGCCUAUGAACUUUUUGGCAGUGUAAAUCCAUUUGGCUGGAAUGGGUUGGACAGCAGUAAAUACAAAGAUGAUGAACUUCCUGUUCUUGUCCAAGCCAAUUCGGGUGUAAGAAAAGUAGUGUCACUACUCCUCAGAAGGGACCCCUCAGAGAGGAUAACAGCAGACAUAGCAGUUAAUAUGCUCAUCUUGGUGUUGAGGGCCCCAGCUAAUUGGCACCAUGGGAGGGGUGUGCAGGUUGAAGACAUCAGUUGGUGGCUUUUCUGUAUUUCAUUGGAAAUGCUUGGGUCUCAAUUUCAAAGGGCUUGGACUCUUGAAGAUAAGCAGAUUAUGUAUUGCUUCCUGUGCCGUGUCACACCAAACCAAAUCAAAGAUGCGCUGGAACAGCUGGCAAAUGAUGUCUAAUGGACAUACAAUCGAAAAUAAACGGCAAAAAUGAUGGAGACACGAAACAGAUUUAUUGCCAUGUUAACGUACAUUUCUUUCUUUUUUCUCAUAGCGCAUAGUAUAUUUUUGUUAAGAGUUGUCUCUUAAGAUUUCCCAUCAGUAUGGGAUAGUGGCUUAAUUUAUACGUUCCGCUAAUUGUUAACUUAAAAUUUAUCGCAAAAGUUGCGAUAGAGUAGAUUUAUUCUGAAGUCUGCUUAAUUUUUCCUCACAUAUAAACAAGUUCUGGGUUGGGUUGAUAUAUUUAUCCAAGAACUCCUCUUCUUGUUGAGGCGCGGUGUCCUCUUGGUUAGUGCGCUUGACUCUGGAUCGAGUUACCCGGGUUCGAACUCAGGCCGACAUUGUGUUGUAUUCUUAGCCAAGAUGCUUUACUCUCACAGUGCCUCUCUUUAUCCAGGCAUUUAAUGCUGGGUUCCCCCUGCGAUGUCCUAGCAUCCCAUCCAUGGGGAAGUAGAAAUACUCUUUGUCACUUCAUGCUGCGGAAGCUGGAGUUAAGCGCCGAUCUUAAAGGCCAAUUGGCUCGUUAAGCGCUUCUUGUUGUAGUAACGUUCCUGUUGUUUCAUCAAGUGUAGAAAUACAAACUCGUAUUACAGUGUUUCGUUUUAAUCCAACUAUUCAAUUGAAGUUGAAAUUCAGUCAGUAGCUAAGAAACUAAUGAUUAUAUACAAAUAACGUGUUAAUAGUAGACUAUUGAAUGGAUAGAAACUUGCUAAGGGUGCGUUUUUCACUUCUGACCGUUGAAUCGAAUCCAAUACGUUCAAUGUUAGUGUUGGUUUGUACAUUCGAUAGGUGACUCAGGGUUUCACCCAACAGUUGUAUAUUUCGAGUUCGCCUUUGAGUUUUGUUACAGAAUCGAAGCAGUGGGUUAGUUAUAAAUCGCACUCUCAAUAAACUAAUUGUUGCGUAAAUUGUUAUGUUGAUUUGAAUGUGAAUGGCUAAGUUUGUGAUCAAUUUUUAAUUUAUAUUUCUUGUUCUAUCGAAUUAAAUGCUUAAUUGCUAUUUC